GUAACUAACUCUCCUUGUGUUCCUUGUUCAGGUGUUACACAGGUAACUAACUCUCCUUGUGUUCCUUGUUCAGGUGUUACACAGGUAACUAACGCUCCUUGUGUUCCUUGUUCAGGUGUUACACAGGUAACUAACGCUCCUUCUGUUCCUUGUUCAGGUGUUGCCAUGAGGUGCCAUCAGGAGGGAGAGGCCAUAGAGGUGCCACCAGAGGUAGAGAGAGACAACCCCUGCAUCUCCUGCUCCUGCCAGAACAAGAUCGUCGUGUGUAAUAGAAAGCCUUGUCCUAGUCUUGAAGGUUGCUACUGGAAGAUCACUGUAGACAAACACUGUUGUCAGAUAUGCAAGGGUUGUGAACAUCAGGGCAAGUGGCACCACCACGGGUCUCGCUGGUCGGACGGGUGUCAACAUUACCAGUGUCUCUCAGGAGUACUAACAGUCUCCCAGACACAAUGCCACAUCCCCUGCUACGGUCCUCUGCAACCCCAUGGCAAGGCUUGCUGCUCUUCUUGCUUAGGCUGCUGGUUGGAGGGAAGGAGAGUGAGUGAGGGUGAGGUGGUUGCCUCUCACGUGGACCCAUGUGUGAGGUGCGUGUGUACUGCUGGUAAACUAUCUUGUGAGAAGAAGGCUUGUCCUGUACUGUCCUGCCCUGCCGCCAAACAGGUUCUCCUGGCUGACAGCUGCUGCAAGACCUGCCUAGGUUCACGAGAACUGAUCUCCCCACCAGGAGGUCGAUGUUUCCUGAACGGGCACCUGUAUACGACAGGUAUGGAACGGACUCUUGACCCCUGUACCACCUGCACCUGUCAUGAAGGCUACAUCACCUGCCAGCGAGCCACCUGUCCUAUCCUCAACUGCUCUCAGGAGCACCAGAUUACACAGGAGAAUGAGUGUUGCCCCAGCUGCAGCGCAGCAGGACAGCUGGAGAGUGCAUGCCACAUGCAUGGCAUGAUCCACAAUGAUGGUGAAGAGUGGAAGAGAGACCAGUGUACUUCUUGUACAUGUACUAACGGUGCUGUGUCGUGCCACACACUGCCUUGCGAGUACUUCAACAAGCCCUGCCCACCGGGACAAAGGCGUGUGGAGUCUGAGCAUGAGUGCUGCCCUCGGUGUGAGGAUGCUCCUGGUGUGUGUGUCGUCUUUGGUGACCCACACUAUCGCACCUUUGAUGGAUAUCUCUUCAAUUUUCAGGGAGCUUGUAAAUACACUCUGGCCGAGACAUGUCGCAAGAAGGAUGGCUUCACCCUCAAGGUAAACAACGAUGCCAGACGAUCCAACACCUUCUCCUGGACCAAGAGUCUCACUCUUAAGGUGCCAGGUGCCAAGGUGAAGAUGGCCCAAAAGCUGCGUAUAAAAGUCAAUGGAAGUAUAGUUAAACCUCCCUUUCAAGUGCCCGGCAUCCUCAACCUCACACGGGAGGGUCAAGCCAUUGCUGUCGCCACACCACAAGGAGUGCGUGUACUGUGGGAUGGCAUCAGUUAUGUGGAAGUAGAAGUGCCUGUUGAGAUGAGAGGUCAUAUGUGCGGCUUGUGUGGAAACUUUAAUAACAACAUUUCUGAUGAUCUAACCACUAAAGAUGGUAACCUAGCUGACACUGCAAAUCAAAUGGCUAUGUCAUGGUCCACAGGAAAAGUUGUUCAGUGUUCCCGCAAAAUGAGUAAUGCACUAAAGGCAAAUGUGCGUCGACCACAGCGCUUGACAUGCCCUAUGCCACAAAAUCAAACACUUAACCAGUGUGGCUUACUUAAUAGCACUGUGUUCCAGGCCUGCCACAGCAUUGUUGCCAUCGAUAAAUUCUACGAGUCGUGUAUCCUAGACAUGUGCGAAUGUCGUUCAACACGGCGAUGCGAGUGUGAUACCCUGCAGGCGUAUGCACGACAGUGUCAGAGGCUUGGUAUCCCUGUCCAAGAGUGGCGUAAGCAAAGUAAAUGCGGGGGUCUGGGUUGUCCCCACGGAGCUGAAUAUAUGGAAUGUGCUCCUCCAUGCCGUGCUACGUGUCGCAACCCAACGCCCAACCCCAAGUGUUAUACCCGACGCUGCAGGGCUGGCUGUUAUUGCCCACCUCCCUCUGUGCUUCACCGUGGGGCAUGUAUUCCAGUUCAGGAAUGUCGCAAGAACAAGAAACGGCGAAGAAAUCGUCGUAAGGAUCACUGAGGAGAAAUAGCUGGCUCGGCAGAAGGCGGAGCAGUUGCGGUGCCAGGCCUUCUACUGGAAGUGGUUGUAGUGGUGAUGGUCUUGGCUAGACUGCUGUCAGCUUGAGAUGCAAUAAUUCUAGCUGAAAUGAGACUUCUUGAAACUAUAUGAGAAGGUAGUGUGCAGAAAAAAGUGCCAGAAACUGUACCCUGACACCAUGGUACCUCGACUUAAUGUCCGGGCCAGCGAACUUGUGGUCUCAGUGGUAAAGUAGGCAUCAGGCUGGGCUGUUGUGAUUGAUCUCAUGAAGUGUUUUGUGCAUGCAAGACAUGCCAGUAGCAUUGUCUUAAUAAACACUUGUGGUGGAGAAUAUAUACAUAUAUAUGUGCUUUUCACUGUGUUGUUAUUUGUGUUGUAUGUUUGUUGACAUUUCUCUUUAAGAUGACAUAGUAACAAUUUUGCAAGAAAAAAAAAAUCUCAUAAGAGGAUAGUGUUUAUAUGUGUUUAGUAAAUAUUCAUGUCCAAACUUAAAAUCAUUAAGAAAAUCUCUCUUUUUUUGUAUAAUUUCAUGACUAAGGUGUAGUUACAGAUAUAGUAGUGUCCCAGUCUUGCAAUAUUUCACAUAUAUUUUUCUAAUGUCUACAAAAAACAUUAUUUAAUUUUAAAACUGUGUACGUAUAAUUACUAAAACUGUUUUUCAUUUUAAAAUAAGCUACCAGAUAGUAGUACUUGCAGUGCAUAGUGAAGUGCCAAAUAAGGUCACUAAAAUAAUGUCAGAAUAUGUACAGUAUUUAGUACGAAUGCAUAAUAAGGAUAAGAGUAAAUGUAAAAUAAAGAUACCAGCAGUACAAUACAAUAGACCCAGGUAUUCUCUCAUGGGUGAAAUAAAUGACCAAAUUAACUUGUCCAGAUUUUGUUUAGGGAAUGUAUAAAAGAAAACUUACGGGUGUCCCUUUGCUUUAUACAGGUUCACUUCGUGCGAAUUCAUUAUUAAGCAUGAACUCUUCCUAUUGGUAAUUUUAUAUGUGCAAUAUAUUGUAUAUUGGCCUUAUUUGGUCAGUGUGGUUCACAAAUGCACUGAAGACUUUUCACGAGGAAUUAAGUGUUGAUGAUCUGAUAGUUUAUUACAGCUGCUAUAGGCCUGAAUUGCAGCUGUGAUAGGCCUGGAUUGCAGCUGCUAUAGGCCUGGAUUACAGCUGCUAUAAGCCUGGAUUACAGCUGUUAUAGGCCUGGAUUGCAGCUGCUAUAGGCCUGGAUUGCAGCUGCUAUAGGCCUGGAUUGCAGCUGCUAUAGACCUGGAUUACAGCUGUUAUAGGCCUGGAUUGCAGCUGCUAUAGGCCUGAAUUGCAGCUGCUAAAAGCCUGGAUUGCAGCUGCUGCAGGCCUGGAUUGCAGCUGCUGCAGGCCUGGAUUGCAGCUGUUAUAGCCCUGGAUCACACCUGCCACAAAGCGAGGGACACCAGUACUGUGCGAGAUGAUGUAAUUGUCAAAGUUUCUGGUAUUUAUUGUUCAUGUUAGACUAGUCAGCUUCCUUUCUGACUAGAGUUGAAAGAGAGAUAUGUAUGGUUGUUCAGUGGAAACUGGUUGUUUGAGCCAACUGACUUAAGUUAGUAAAGACUAUUUCACUGGGGCACUCUUGUAUUCCUUGUCAAUAACUUAUUCUCCCUUUGAAUUCAAACUGAAAUAAUUUCAAUUUAAAAUUUUGACAUGUCUUUGUACAGAAUCAUAAUUAUAGUUAUUUGUUUAUGUACAAAAGGAUCAUAGUAAGGAAAGAACAUAAAUACGCACUGAAUAUUUUUUCUGAGAAACCUAAUAGUCUAUACUUUAGUUUCACUGUUUGACAUUAAUGCAUAGAAAUAUUUCAUUCACUAGAUACCAAAGACUAUAAUAUAUAACAUAUGGAUCAAUACUCGGAUAUAUAGGGCCUAUCAGGUUGCAGUAUCACUACAGUACUGUACUUCAAGAUACUGGAUACUUGGGGAAUUCAAGGUAACGAUUGAGGUAACAAAUAUUGUAAGUAUCGAUUUAAAAAAAAAAAUUUAGGACUUGUAAAGGCGUGAAGGUGUAAAUGGUAAUGGUGUGCAAUAAGAGAUCACUCUGUGUUUGUGUGUGUGUGCAUGUAUAUAUAUAUAUAUAUAUAUAUAUACGUAUAUAUAUAUAUAUAUAUAUAUAUAUAUAUAUAUAUAUUUGUAUAUAUAUAUAUAUUUUUUUUUUAACGCACCGGCCGUAUCCCACUGAGGCAGGGUGGCCCAAAAAGAAAAACGAGAGUUUCUCUUUUUAAAUUUAGUAAUUUAUACAGAAGGGGUUACUAGCCCCUUGCUCCCAGCAUUUUAGUCGCCUCUUACAACACGCAUGGCUUAUGGAGCAAGAAUUCUGUUCCACUUCCCCAUGGACAUAAGAGGAA